AUGACAGUCCAGCAGUACGCAACGAGAAUUAUCAAGCUUUCGCGUUUCUGCCCAUAUAUUGUCCCCGAUGAAGUGAAGAAGGCUAGGAUGUUCGAUAGAAACUUUAGGAUAGAUAUUUAUAGGCAAGUGGCAGUACUGAGGAUCCAAGACUUUGCAGAUUUGGUUGACAGGGCUAUUAUAGUAGAGGAGAGUCUACCCAGGGAGACCAAGACACAGAGUCACAAGAAAAGGACUGCGCCUUCGAGUUUUCAGGCGGGUCCCAUUCGAGGCCCUUGGAAAGGAAGUAGAUCUGGCAGAGGUCAGAGACAGAUGGUAGAGCACGGGGGAUUUCAGAGUGGACAAUUUCCUACUAUAUGUCCUAGAUAUGGACGGAGACACCCUAGUGAGUGCUGGCUGGAGGAGAAUGUCUGUUAUCACUGUGGGAGGCUCGGUCAUAUGGCUCAAUCUUGUCAGAUGCCACCAGGUUAUGUACUGGCUCCUAGGCCAUUUCGUGGAGGAUACUAG